AUGCCCUCUCAACCUCCUUUUCACAGAAGCUUCUCCUUCGACAACGACGACGACCAGGGCCAUUUUUCCUCUCCUCCUUCAUACGCCACCUAUGCUUCGCCGCAUCCCGGCCAAGCUCAGCCAAGUCCCGACCCGUUGACGCCGCCGCCCCCGCCUCAGCACCGCAAUUUCGACAACUUCGCUCCGGCUGCGACCGGUGCCUACGACUAUCGGCAGUCGAUCGCGACCUCCGACAUGGACACAGGAAACCAACAUCAGCCGUACUCCCCAUACUCGCCCUUCGCCAACACCAGCCCCUCCCAAAGUCACGCGAUGAAUCCCGCAGCCUACAGCUCGCAAGAGCCGCUGGCCACCAACGACUCUCGCCCGUCUCUCAACAGCCAUUCCAACCACUCGGCCAACGACGGCUACUCAUCCUUCUCCGAUGACCCGUACAACUACCACUCUAGAUCCGCUCCCUUUGCCGCCAUUGAUCCCAACGAUAUCGAGGAUGAUGGCGAUGACGGAAUCCCCGCCCCGGAGCCAAAGCGCAACACUCUCUUUGGCAAGAAGGGUGCCGUUGCCGGCGUCGGCGCUGCUGGCGUUGGCGGAGCUGCAGCUAUGGCCAGUCUUAACCGUGAUGGAAAUGGAAACUAUGGCCCGGUACCCGGAGGCAGCACCGAGUACACUCACGACAACCGUGGCCUGGAGAAGGGCGGUUUCGCCGGUACCGCGGUCAACAAGAACGGCAAGAAACGCCUGUGGACCAUCGUUCUGGUCGCCAUCAUCGUGGUCGCAGUGAUUGUAGGCGUCGUCAUAGGCGGUGUUCUCGGCAGCAGAUCCGGCUCGCCCGACGACAGUUCGAGUCCCGGAGCUUCCGCCGCGGACGACCAGUCGAAGAACGGGGAUCUCGACAAGAACUCGGACGAGAUCAAGAAGUUGAUGAAUAAUCCCGAUCUGCACCUCGUUUUCCCGGGCAUGGACUACACGCCUCUGAACGCGCAGUACCCCGACUGCCUGACAAACCCGCCCAGCCAAAACAACGUGACUCGUGACGUAGCCGUUCUCAGCCAGCUUACUCCUGCGAUCCGCUUGUAUGGAACUGAUUGCAACCAGACCGAGAUGGUGCUACAUGCCAUCGACCGCCUUGGCCUCACGGACACCAAAGUGUGGCUCGGCGUCUGGCUGGGCAACAACGACACGACCAAUGACAGGCAGAUUGCGCAGUUCUGGCAGAUCCUCGACAAACACAAGGCCGAUCCUUUCGCCGGCGUCAUCGUCGGCAACGAGGUGCUGUACCGCAAGGACCUGAGCUCGACGGAACUCGCCAAGAUCCUCGGAGACGUCAAGAAAAAUCUGACGGACCACAACUGGGACCUGCCGCUCGCUACGUCGGAUCUCGGCGAUAACUGGACCGAGGACUUGGCCGAGGAAGUCGACGUCGUCAUGGCUAACAUUCACCCUUUCUUCGCUGGUGUUGAAGCUUCGCAGGCCGCGAGCUGGACCUGGAGCUUCUGGCAGAACCAUGAUGUGGCCGUCACGAAGAAUUUGCAAGGCAAGACCCAUGUCAUCAGCGAGACCGGCUGGCCAUCUGGCGGCGGUAACGACUGCGGAGAAUCGACAUGCACGAGUGAUACACAGGGAAGUGUUGCCGGUGUUGACGAGAUGAACAUUUUCUUGGACGACUGGGUGUGCUCAGCGUUGAAGAACGGCACCGAGUACUUCUGGUUCGAGCUCUUCGACGAGCCUUGGAAGAUCAUGUACAACACCAAGAACGAGAACUGGGAGGACAAGUGGGGCCUCAUGACGGUCGACCGCGAGCUCAAGAAGGGCGUCAAGAUUCCCGACUGCGGCGGGCAGAAGGCUACGCUUUCGUCGAAGAGAUAG